CAAAGAUGCUUCUGAGUGGUGGUCGGGCUUGGUACGCGACUGGUGCUUUCCCCUCACGCAUUGCACGUCAUCCUCGAUCACAUCGCAACCAAUCGGUCAUACUCAGAAAUCCAAAAUGGAUAGGUCGCCUGUUUCCUCUCUCCAACCUCAGCUGUUGUUGCUUGCGUUGUCUACCACACACGCCAGAUUGAGAUACACAGCAUGCAGCGCAAUACAAGCCUCGACAACCCGUGGAAGCAGAUGUCUGCUGUCGGAGAGAAAGCGUUGUAUGCAGACACGAAGGGUACAAGCUUCAGCAAUGUGUCUGUGAGGAAUACAGUGGGCACUGUCGGCUUGCUCGAAUCUACGAUCCUUCCGUCGAUCAGCAUCCACGGUGGGCUGUCUAUCAUUGCCUAUGGAAUCGCCGUCUCGACCGACCGUCUUGAGGUCAAAGACCUCCUUUGGCCAUCAGCUCAGCUUGCCAACGUCCUUUGGGCUGCUGUAGGCUCACGCAUGUAUCAUCAAGACAUAUCCUUCCCAAAAGCAUGGUCUACUCUGGGCUGGAACGAGAAGGUGCUCGUGACGGGUAUGACGCUCUGGGGCGGUCGUCUUUUUUCCCGCAUUCUCGCCCGUACUUUGGCCCGCGGCGAAGACGAUGCCCGCUACAUUGAAGUGAAGAAGGAGAAGGACUUCUGGAGCAAGGCGCUCUUCACGCAUUUCGUCCCGGAGGCACUCUUCCAGGCCGUCAUCACGCUCCCAUUCACGAUUUCGUUUCGAGCGCUGCCUAGCGAAACCCUUCAUGCCCCUAGCGAGUGGUUUCCUGUCAUUCACAGUCUGGCCGUUGGACUGUUUAGCGCUGGCUUUGCGCUUGAGACGCUUGCCGACGCACAGCUGGACAAGCACAAGCAGAGUUCGACGGGCAUGAAGACAGACGGUGUGUGGUCUAUCGUCCGGCAUCCUAACUACCUGGGAGACGCCCUUAUCCACGUCUCUUUCCCGAUCAUGCUUUACGGCAGCGGCUUGUUACACCCUCUCGCGCUCUUUAGCCCCAUCGCGAAUUACGUGUAUCUUCGCUUUGUUGGUGGCGACCGCCCAACUGAGACGAGCCAGCGACGCCGGUACAGCACCUCGGACCCGGUCAAGUUCAAGCAGUUCGAGGCAUACAGCGAGGAGAAAAACAGCUUCUGGCCGAGCACGAAAGAAUUCCGAAAUCCGUGGCUUUGGGUCAUCGUUGGCGCUGGCGUAGUGGGAGCUGCUGUGGAGAGAGUGUUGAGGGACUAUCUUUGAGGUCACGUGGGGGUUGAUGAAGUUGGAAGGCGCACUCUUGGCCCCAGAGAUUGAACAUGUAUAUGCUGAUUCAGCUGUUCUGAAAACGUCUACAUCGGGGUGAAUCAUGCACGAUCGCCGAGCUCACGACGGAGGGUUGGAAGUGAAAAAGAAGCGAAAAGAAAAAGAAAAAAAAAAACAAGGGGGUGGGGGAAGCCACGCAAGGAGUUUUAACGGAACCAACAAUACAAUGCAAACACGAUUCGCA